AUGUCACGCGAGGGAGUUCUGGGUUCGGGGGAGGUGGGGGUGGAUGGGGACGAAGGAGGGUCGCAUGGGGACUGGGGAAGGGAGCAAGGAGGCCGAGGCAACAUCAGGGGAAAAUCUACUCUGGAAAAUAAAAAGGAAAGUUUACGGGGAGAGUCAAUGAAUCGCCUGUGUUUGUCUGUGGGCUGGGGUGGAGGAAGGCCGGUGGGCAAAUACAGACCAGAAUGCGAAGACCAGCAAGACAAACAUCGGCCGCAAAUAAAGGCUGUUGGAGCCCUUGCCGAGAGCUCAGUCAUCGCUGUCUGCCUCGCCUUCUGCUGUUGCUGCUGCUGCUGCUGCUGCUCGGCUCCAGCUCCUCCUCCUACUGCAGUAGCUCCUGGUACCGGCACAGGGAAGAGUCGGGAGAUGGAGGGCUCCUCCGAUAGCGUAACGGACGCCAUCCAAAACAAAGGAAAUGACGUCACGAUGCGACAACGUAGAUCAACAUCUUGACGUCGACUAUUCUGACUAACUGACCUGAUUGCAAUGGAAUUCAGUCCAACGGUGUCAUGUCACGCCGCCAUAUUUCCCAUAUCUUUGGAGGCUGCUUUUCUAUCGAGGAUUGCUCUGGGAGACGACGACCGUCUUUUCUGCAGCUAAGCUAGAACCGAUGGCGCAAUGAUUGUCAUUGCAGGGACCCCAAGGAAAGGAGGACAAAAGCAUAAGCAUCAUGUGGAAUUUUCACUCUCAAGCCAUCGGCUGACGCUGUAGGCGAAGAAUACGAACGAGACCAUCGGCGAAGGGUCUUUGUGGCGAUUCGUAACAAUAAUGACUCGUCUGCCUGGUUUGUCCUAAACCCAAUCGUUACAGUAUUUUUUCAGAAUAAUGCCUAUUUUCAAAAUGGUCAAAGAAGAUACCUGGAAACUUAGUAUGUAUAGCAUUUUAGGUUCUCGUAAGAAUCUUUGGUACAUAUUUUGUAUCAGAGUACAGGAAGUCGUUUCUAUUUUUGAUAAUGUUAUUCUCAACCUUUCCCCACUGUUGCACAAUGUACUUUUUUUUUUAUCACAUUAUGACACCAAAGGGCGCAGUACCUGGAUAAGUGUUUUAUUUUAGAAAUUUCACUAUAGUCUUUCCAGUGGUUAAAACUGUUACUGAAUGAGUGGAUUUUAAUGGUAAAACCCGGAUUUCAUAUCUUGGUUUUCUCGUUGUUGUUGUUAUUGGCAUUUUGCUGUGACGCUAGCUUACGGAUUGUUAUUAAGGACCUAUUUAGGAUAUUCAAUGUUCAAUAAUAAAUUUACUCUUGGUGUC